UUUAUUUUUCAUUAUUAUUUUCCGUGAAAAAAAAUUAAACUAAACAACGGUUUGGUAUAAGUAGCACCCACGCCAUCUACUAGGAGACCUUUAGGCUUUUGAUUCCACAACUAUUCUCUGCUAUUCCCCCGUUCAAUCAAUCAAACCCUAACACGCUUCUCACAGGUUUUGUAGUAGUGUGUGGUGUAUGGCCUACAGUGAUGUGGUGAAUUUGUUGUUUGCCCUUGCGGUUUGGUGUACUGCUUACAUUACUGUUGCAGUUCUCGCUUCCUUUCGAGCAGUCAAUUACUUCUGUACUUUCUGAAACCUCCUUGCAGUUUCACAAGGUUACCAUGGGUUAUGCAUUGCUUGUGAUAGGUCCUGCUGGUAGUGGCAAGUCUACCUAUUGCUCGAGUUGGCACCACAACAACCCCUAAUAUUACAAGGCCAUGGUCAGAUUGUUCUAGAGCAUAGUUGGGGAUGAUAAACCAAAAUUCCGUUCUUUCUCUGUUAGCAAAAUGCAAAAGUAUAAGUGAAUUGAAAAAACUGCAUGGUUUAAUAGUCACAACCCCAACUAUUAAGUGCAUAGUCCCCUUGAGCAAGCUUAUUGACUUCUGUGUAGAUUCAGAAUUUGGGGACAUCAAUUAUGCAAACUUGGUAUUUCGCCAAAUUGAUACCCCUAGCGUUUACAUUUGGAACUCUAUGAUACGAGGCUUUGUUAACCGUCACAAUCCAAGAAUGUCUAUGCUUGUGUAUAGACAAAUGAUAGAAGAUGGGUAUUCCCCCAAUCACUUUACUUUCCCAUUUGCACUCAAAGCAUGUUGUCUAAUUGCCGAUCAAGAUUGUGGAAAAUGCAUUCAUAGCUGCAUAGUGAAAUCCGGGUUUGAAGAUAAUGCCUAUGUUGCUACUGGAUUACUCCAAAUGUAUGCGUCAUGUGCAGAUAUGAAGUCAGGACUGCAAGUGUUUGAUAAUAUUCCCAAGUCGAAUGUGGUUGCUUGGACUUGUUUGAUUGCUGGGUUUGUGAACAAUAAUCAACCAUAUGAAGCUUUGAAGGUGCUUGAAGACAUGAGCCAUUGGGGUGUCGAGCCUAAUGAAAUAACUAUGGUGAAUGCUUUGGUUGCCUGUGCUCUUAGCAGAGACGUUGACAGUGGACGUCGGAUCCACCAGUGCAUUCGUAAGGCUGGUUAUGAUCCCUUUGUGUCCACACCGAAUAGUAAUAUCAUUCUUGCAACUGCAAUUCUUGAUAUGUAUGCCAAAUGUGGUUGCUUGAAGAUAGCAAGAGAACUGUUCAACAAAAUGCCCAAGAGAAACAUUGUAGCUUGGAACAGUAUGAUCAAUGCCUACAAUCAGUAUGAGAGGCAUCAGGAGGCGAUAGAUCUCUUUUUUGAUAUGUGGACUAGUGGCAUUUAUCCUGAUAAGGCUACUUUUCUAAGUGUUUUGAGUGUUUGUGCCCAUCUGUGUGCUCUAGCAUUGGGACAAGCUGUUCACGCUUAUCUAUUAAAAACUAACAUUAUUGCAACAGACAUUGCCCUUGAUACUGCUCUUCUUGACAUGUAUGCCAAGACUGGUGAGUUAGGAGGUGCACGGAAGAUUUUUAGCAGUUUGCAGCAAAAGGAUGUGGUGAUCUGGACUAGCAUGAUCAAUGGUUUAGCCAUGCAUGGUCGUGGAAAUGAAGCAUUGAGUAUGUUUCAAAUAAUGCAAAAGGAUAGUUCUCUAGUUCCUGAUCACAUCACCUACCUAGGAGUUUUAUUUGCAUGUAGUCAUGUUGGACUCGUUAAAGAGGCUCAAAAACAUUUUAGACAAAUGACAGAAAUGUACGGUAUAGUGCCAGAAAGAGAGCAUUAUGUGUGCAUGGUUGAUCUUUUGAGUCGGGCUGGUCAUUUCAUAGAAGCAGAAAGAUUAGUGGGGACAAUGCCCGUAAAAGUAAAUACUGCCAUAUGGGGUGCUCUUUUAAAUGGCUGUCAGAUUCAUGAAAACUUGUCUGUUGCUAAUCAAGUGAAACCACGACUAACAGGGCGGGAACCUGGUCAAAGUGGGGUUCAUGUUCUUCUAUCUAAUAUAUAUGCAACGGCUGGCAUGUGGGAGGAGGUAAAUGUGACUAGAAAAAUUAUGAAGCAUAGAAGGAUCACAAAGACAAUUGGUCACAGUUCGCUUGAAAUUAUAUAAGUUUGUAUAAUUUGUACAAGUGUAUGAAACAUAUCAAAUAGAUGUGAUUCAGAAUCCAUAGU